AUGUACAAUCUGAAAACAAGCAACAUAUCUGAAUCUAUUAACUCCGCACUGAAGCCAGCAAGAGGAUUUCCCAUAACAUUUCUUUUGGAGUUCAUAAGAGAGAAGCUGGGAAGAUGGUAUUGGAAAAGGCGAGAAGAUGAUAUGAAUCUCACAACUGAACAUAGUCGGGGAGUUGAAUACUUAUUGGAGAUCCGUUCAGAGAUAGCAGAUACGAUGAGUGUCCAACCAAUUGAUGGAUGUCGAUUCUUUGUAACAAGUGGCAGACAGGACAGUGUUGUUGAUUUGGAACAUGUCAAGUGUGAUUGUGGUGUCUAUGGAAUCGAGAAAAUACCUUGCUCACAUGCUAUAGCAGCUGGAUCAUUUGCUAAUUUGAAUAUCGCCACACUUGUGUUCCCACUAUACUCAACGGCGUAUUUGUAUGUAGGAUACUCAUAG